AUGGACAUGGCCACACAGUUUCAGAAGCUCCAUGACAUCCUCUCCAGCAAAGUUGACGUCCGUGACCUGGAAGCCUUGGCCAAUGCCACCAAGGAGUUGCAGACGGCUGUCGCCCUGAAAGUUGGGCCACAGCCUUUGCAGGAAAUCCGCAGCAUUUUACGGGACAUGCAGUUGAAGUUGGACCUUAAGGUUGAUGUGCCCGUGGCAGAAGAUUUGCAAGCGGCGCUGAACAGGGUCCAGUCCCAACUCACCCAGAAAGCGCCCGCGCAGGAGUUCCGUGAAGCUGCUUCAUCGAUCCACAGCCUCAGGGCGAACCUGGAUGGAAAGGUUGAUUUCGCAUUGCUGAGCGAGCUAAGAGUGAAGGUCCAGGUGUUGGAGCAAAGCCUUGAAAAGAAGACUGAGACCAAGGACAUCCCCGACCUGUCUGGGCUCAAGGAGGCCAUGAAUCAGAAGGCCGAGCGGCGGCAGGUGACAGAGCUGUUUGGUAUGGUGGAGCGGCUCCAACAGGAGUUGCACUUCAGCCUGGAGAAUGACCGCGCCGCCUUCAGAAGAGAUUUGGAGGCCAGGGUGGAGAAGAUGGACCAGCUUGAACGUGACCUGCAAAAUGCCAUGGUUUGCGUGGAAAGCUUGACAUCGAAGGUGGAUGCUACUCCGCGCCUGGCUGAUGCUUCAUCACCCAAAGGGACCGCAUCACCGACCUCAGAGAGAGGCAGCUCUCCAGCAUCGCCGCGUCCUUCCGGGGAGCUGCGCGAGGUCAUGAAGGCCCUGGAUGGCAAGGCAGAUCGAUCCGAGAUCCAGGAGCUCUCGGCCACUCUAGCAGAGCAGCAGCAGGCUGCAGAGGCUGCCGUACGCCAAGUCUCCGACCUGGAGCUGCAGCUCCGCUCGGCCCGGGCGGCCCGGGUCCGGCGCGCGGUCGCGGCGCCCGGGGGGCGCAGCGACCGGGGGGACCGGCGGCCCUCCGAGGCCAAGGACUCCUUGCUGCGGAAGGUCGACCGGGGCGAAAUCGAGGAUCGACCGCUGAGCCUUCAGAGUUCUCGGUCGUGGAGUGGAGAGAGAGAUGAGAAGAUAUGA